AUGGCCGCCGUGCGGCGGCUCGGGGCCGCGGUGGCCUCCCAGUCCUACGACUACGUGGUCGUGGGCGCGGGGUCCGCCGGCUGCGUGAUGGCGCACCGCCUCGCGAAGGAUCGGGGGCUGCCGGAGGUGGGGGCCACCCUCGGGGCCAAGGAGCACGGUGCCUCCGUGCUGCUCCUGGAGGCGGGCAGGGGCGACCGAGGAUCGUGGGACUCCUGGAAGAUCCAGAUGCCCGCCGCGCUGACCUUCAAUCUGGCCAACGACAAGUACAACUGGGACUACUACACUGUGCCCCACGCCACUUGGACGGCAGGAGGCUCCACCAGCCGCGCGGCAAGGUGCUCGGCGGCUCCUCCAGCCUGA